GGUCCAGGGGUGCUUGAAGUUACAGUCCGAGCCUGGGAGAGGCGAGGCGGAGACCGAGGAGGGCGAGGACCGGAGGAAGGGGCCGGAAAACGUAAGCUCCUGAAGGGGAGAGACUGUUUCCUUUUUUACCUUUGGAUACUUAGCAUCAUACCUGGCACUCAGGCUCUUUGGUAUAAUCCUGAUCAGCUUCUUCCAAAGGAGCUGAAACAUUGAGUCAUCUGUAGCAGAAUGUUUGCAGCUGCCCGGUGGAGUCACCUAGAGGUGAACUAGUGUAAGAAUGGGAGACUCCAGAGAGCUUUGCCCUCAUCUUGAUUCUAUAGGUGAGGUCACCAAAGAGGACUUAAUACUAAAAUCCAAGGGGACUUGCCAGUCCUGUGGAGCAGGAGGACCGAACCUCUGGGCCUGUCUCCAGGUUGCUUGCCCUUAUGUUGGCUGUGGGGAAUCUUUUGCCGACCAUAGCACCCUUCAUGCAGAGGCCAAAAAGCACAACCUGACUGUGAACCUCACCACCUUCCGUGUGUGGUGUUACGCUUGUGAAAAGGAAGUAUUCUUGGAUCAGAGGUUGGCAGCACACCCACCAUCUCCACCAUCCAAGUUCUCAGAGCAGGAGACUCCAUUGCCUUCUCACCCUUUGAAAGCCGUUCCUAUUGCGGUGGCCGAUGAGGGGGAAUCUGAGUCUGAAGAUGAUGACCUGAAACCUCGAGGCCUGACUGGUUUGAAAAACCUUGGGAAUUCCUGCUACAUGAAUGCAGCCCUACAGGCACUCUCUAACUGUCCCCCUUUGACCCAGUUCUUCUUGGAGUGUGGGGGACUGGUGCGAACUGACAAGAAACCAGCCUUAUGCAAAAGUUACCAGAAGCUGGUCUCAGAGGUCUGGCACAAGAAGCGGCCAAGCUAUGUGGUGCCUACCAGUCUGUCCCAUGGAAUCAAGUUGGUCAAUCCCAUGUUCCGAGGUUAUGCCCAGCAGGAUACCCAAGAGUUCCUACGAUGUUUGAUGGACCAGCUACAUGAAGAACUCAAGGAGCCAGUGGCAGCUGACAUGAGGGACUCUGACUCCAGUGACUCAGAAGAGAAGCGGGAGGGUGACCGGAGCCCUUCAGAGGAUGAAUUCCUCUCCUGUGACUCCAGCAGUGAUAGGGGUGAGGGGGAUGGGCAAGGCAGGGGGGUGGGAAUGGGCAACACCCUGGCAGAGACUGAGUUGCUGAUCCAGGAUGAAGCGGGCAGGGGGAUUUCAGAGAAGGAGAGGAUGAAGGACAGAAAAUUCUCCUGGGGCCACCAGCGAACUAGCUCUGAGCAAGUCGAUGAGGAUGCAGACGUUGAUACCACCAUCACCGCCAUCGAUGAUCGCCCCACCGAAGCCCUCCCCUCACCACGCUCUACCAGCCCGUGUAGGACGCCAGAGCCAGAUAACGACGCCUCCAUGCGCUGCUCCUCCCGCCCUUGCAGCCCCGUCCACCACGAGGCACACUCCAAGCUGUCGAGCAGCCCGCCACGCUCUAGCCCUGUGAGAGUGGGACCAUCCUAUGUACUCAAGAAAGCCCAGGUGCUGGCUGCUGGAAAGAAGAAGAAAGAGCUUCGGUACCGUAGUGUCAUCUCAGACAUCUUUGAUGGUUCCAUCCUCAGCCUGGUGCAGUGCCUCACCUGUGACAGAGUAUCCACCACCGUAGAGACAUUUCAAGACCUGUCACUGCCCAUCCCCGGGAAGGAGGACCUGGCCAAGCUGCACUCGGCCAUCUACCAGAAUGUGCCAGCCAAGCCAGGGGCGUGUGGGGAUAGCUACACGUCCCAGGGCUGGAUUGCCUUCAUCAUGGAGUAUAUUCGACGGUUAGUGGUAUCUUGCAUCCCCAGCUGGUUUUGGGGUCCUGUUGUCACCCUGGAAGACUGUCUUGCUGCUUUUUUUGCUGCUGAUGAGUUGAAGGGGGACAAUAUGUAUAGCUGUGAACGAUGUAAAAAAUUACGAAAUGGAGUGAAAUAUUGUAAAGUUCUUCAGUUACCUGAGAUUCUGUGCAUUCAUUUGAAGCGUUUUCGGCAUGAAGUGAUGUAUUCAUUCAAAAUCAAUAGCCACGUCUCCUUCCCCUUGGAAGGUCUUGAUCUACAGCCCUUCCUUGCCAAGGAGUGUGUCUCCCAGAUCACCACCUAUGACCUCUUAUCUGUCAUCUGCCAUCACGGUACAGCAGGCAGUGGCCACUACAUCGCCUACUGUCAGAAUGUUAUAAAUGGCCAGUGGUAUGAGUUUGAUGAUCAGUAUGUCACAGAGGUCCAUGAGACAGUGGUCCAGAAUGCAGAGGCAUAUGUCCUUUUUUAUAGAAAGAGCAGUGAGGAGGCAGUGCGGGAACGUCAGCACGUGGUAUCUCUGGCCACCAUGAAGGAGCCCAGCUUGCUCCAGUUCUAUAUUUCCCGCGAGUGGCUCAAUAAAUUUAACACAUUUGCUGAACCAGGGCCCAUUACAAACCACACGUUCCUCUGUUCUCAUGGAGGAAUCCCACCCAAUAAAUACCAUUACAUUGAUGAUCUUGUGGUGAUCCUACCCCAGAAUGUGUGGGAAUAUCUCUACAACAGGUUUGGUGGUGGCCCUGCUGUGAAUCAUCUCUAUGUAUGCUCAGUCUGUCAGGUAGAGAUAGAAGCCCUGGCCAAGAGAAGGCGGAUUGAGGUCGACACCUUCAUUAAGCUGAACAAAGCAUUUCAAGCAGAGGAAUCCCCCAGUGUCAUCUAUUGCAUUAGUAUGCAGUGGUUCCGGGAAUGGGAGGCCUUUGUUAAGGGCAAAGACAAUGACCCUCCUGGACCCAUUGACAACAGCAAGAUAGCACUGAUCAAAGGAGGCGGCCACGUCCAGCUGAAGCAGGGAGCUGACUAUGGACAGAUUUCAGAGGAGACCUGGACUUAUCUGAAUACCCUUUAUGGAGGCGGUCCUGAGAUUGCAGUCCGACAAAGCAUUGCUCAGUUGCAGGAACCAGAGAACCUGCAUGGGGAACAGAAGAUUGAGGCAGAGACCCGGGCUGUGUGACCCUGGGUCCAACUUGUUCCACAAGAUUGUCUCUUGCCAGAGGACGGGGGUCUUUGCACCUGUGAAGAGGCCGAGUGCUUGGGAAAUGCAAACGUAUCAAGAGGCAAAAACGUUCUGGUUCACAGUGAGCAGUGCUGCAACUAGGAAAUAUAUUAACUUGCAGGCUUGUUAAAGCUAUCAAGACUUUGUAACAUUCUUUUUGGUUUUUGUUCUGAUGGCGCACAAAUUAAUCGUAGUUAAUGUUCCUGAAACUUUCCCAUAGGUUAGCUCUUCCAGCACCAAUGACUGCUUGGGCGGUCUGUGAGCGGGUCUGGGCUCCACAGGCUCAGCCUUGCUGUCUGCUUGUCUGCUGUGUUCUCAGGGGAUGAAGGUAGGAGAAGUGAUUAUUCAAAAGGAUUUCUAAUUGUGCAUUAGGUCCAGUGUCCUUGGAAACUCUAGGUGUGCGCAGCAAGAGUAAUGAGAAACCAAACCUAGCCCGGAGUCUCUUCGUAUUACCUUUACCCUCUUGCUUUCCCCCCACCCAUCAGAUACCUUUAGCAGAAUCUCAGUUUGGAGGGAUUGGAAAGAUUUCAUGAUUCAAAACCAGAUGCCUCCCCCGCUUGCAGAAGAGAAAUGCCAAGCCUAGUCUCAAUAUUUUCCCAUCCAACAGGCAUACAUUGGAGACUCAAGGAACUGCUCUGUCCACCUGUUGGGGAGCUGGGGGAUCCAAAACAUUCUUUGGAUACUAGCUACUGGAAGGUCCCUGUUUGGUCUUAAUACACAUGCUAUAAAGUCAGAUGAACAAGGGCCUCUGGUCUGAGGCGGGCUCAGAAACAGCCAGCCAUCCCUGACCACGGUUCAGCAGGGAGUCAUCUCAAAUGCAGAGUACCGUGGGGGGAGGGCUUAGUGAGGCUUCGUGUCAGAGGGGAAAAAAAUCUUUCCACUUGACUCACUUGCUGCUUAAUGCAGGUUCCCUUAAAUGGCAGGAUGAUAGAACAUAGCCCUCCUUUCCUCCUUCUUGCUCCUAAAUAUUUAUUAGCUGUGUAGCCUUGGCAGGGAAAAGGGGCCAGAUCCACCCUGGUCUGGUUCUGAAACUUAUCUGUGAACCUAUGCUACCCAUCCUCCUUCCCCCUCAAACUCAGCCCAACCCAUUGUGAACUGCCCCAGCUUGUGUGACCAGACGCACUUUUCAGCUAACACCAAAGCCCAGGUAAGAAGGGGCGGGUGAUUCACCCAGUAGAGAUAAAAGCAAGAUGGGGCAGAGGUGGGGGGGGGCGUGGCUUGGAGCAUAAGGAGCAGUUGGUUGGCACCCAGUGGGGACCUUUUAGAAGUGAACAUUAGCCAAAAUCCUAGCAGCUGUGCUGCCCAGAAAACCGAAAACCUUUGCACAAUGUGUCGGGGUUUCUUGUUACGUUGUUUCCCUGGAUCCUGCUCUUUUCCCAGUGAGACAGCGACAUGCAUGUUGAUCAAAGAAUGAGCCACUGUUGGACCUUGUUCCAUUCAAUGCUCUUUUGUGAACUGCUGCAGCGAGCUCUGAGCCUCCUGCAGAGCCUCUAGGUCCGCAUGUUCUCGUACUGUUCGUGUUGUAUAGAUUCUGCUGUACAGAUUGUAAUAACAUUUCUGUGUUCAGGUUUGUGCUCAGUGUCAUAAUAAAUACAUGUGCAUUCA